AUCAUUACAUGAUGUUGCUGGCGUGUUUGUUGACGGUGUGUGUGGCCCACAGCGUGGUGGGGAAUCUUCAGAUCUAUCCCCAGCCUCACGGACUACAUGCUUCGGAUAAGUUUGAAGUGUAUUUGAGUCAAGGGGGACAUAAACAGAAAAGCUUUACGUACAUAACGAAAUCAGACCCGAGAACAAAGGAGAACAGUUCCGCCAAGCCCCAUAGGUCGAUGUCAUGGACGUCGUUCGCCUUCUCUGGCGCGGCCGUUACAGCCGAGAUCCAUACUCCCACCGAUUUCCACAACUGCAUUGUUCGACCAAAGAGCUACAAUUACCACUGUAGGAGGACAGGGAGUAAGACUGCCGAAGUGGUAAUUAAACAAAACACAAAGAUGAUGUCGGUAGAAUUUGACUACGACUACGGCAGCAACCACGGCGACAUUACAGAUAAAUUCUUAAUCUUUGCCGACGCCCCGGAAACACACGUUCCUAACAAGAACGACAACUCUGUCUUGUAUUUCGGGCCGGGGAUGUACAACUUCCAUGGACAGAAGGAGCUGGACCAUAAUAUCAAGGAGGUUUAUUUGGCUCCCGGCUCCUACAUCGACGGCGGGUUCCGAACAUCCGGCGGUUCUGUGAAGAUCCACGGUCGUGGCGUGAUCUCUGGCAGCACUUAUCCUCACAAAGAUAAACGAUUCCAGUGGGCACUUGUUCUCAUGGACAAGGGAUCACACCACACUUUCGAGGGCAUUACACUAACGGACCCAGAGCAAUUUUUCUAUAGAGGCCAGAGCGAUCAUAAUACCGUCAGAAAUGUCAAAAUGGUCGGUGCAUGGACGUACAACGCUGACGGUAUUGCCAUCGGUCAUGACGGCGUAGUUGAAGACUCCUUCAUUAACGCAAACGACGAUGCACUGAAGCUGUAUUCAGAUAAUCUUAACAUUCAACGUGUUGUCAUCUGGCAGUCCCAAAAUGGCGGCGUGUUCCAGACGGGAUGGUGGACCGGUAGGGACAUGCAGAAAGUACGGGUGAACGACAUCGACAUAAUUCACACGGAUUGGUGCGCGUUCAAGGGAGAUAACUGCCACAUUGGUGGAAACGAUGCUGUGUUUGAUCAGGCUGGAGAUACAACACACUUCGACGUCCAUGACAUGGUAUUCUCAAACGUCAGAAUCGAGGGGUCAUGUCCCCGUGUAAUCUACUUCAAGAUGCACACGGGGGCAAAAGGGUCGGUUUCUAACAUCCGGUUUGAGAACUGGUCCAUAGAGUCUCAGCCCACCCACGACAACCUACACAAUGAAAUAGCGGGCACCUCCGCUGGGGGUCACAUCGCUAACUGGAACUUUUUCAACUUCAAAGUUGGAGGUCAAUGCAUCACCAGCUCAGGAGCCGGAGACUUCAUCAUAGACUCUCAACACGCCAGCGGGAUUAAGUUUUCUUGUGGAGAAAAUAUCAUCGGAUAAUAUGGAAACACGAGCAUAUCGAAGGAAA